GUCUUCUCUUUCAUCACACGCCCGCGAGUCUCCUCAUUCUAUUAAAAGGUCCCUGACUAUCCCAAAGCAGAGCAUCAGCGAUCUUCUUCCUCCUCUGGUUUCGUAUCUAAUCUGAUUUGGGGAACGAGAUGGGUUUCAUAAUGGAGUUUGCGGAGAAUCUGGUGCUGAGGUUGAUGGAGGAUCCGGAGGUGAGAGACAGGAAAGCGAGGGAGCACAUAUAUGAGAUGCACGAGAGGUGCAAGAAGAUUAAGGAGAUGUGGGCUUUGCCUAUUCGUCCUUAUGGUUUCUGGACUUUUGAGCGUCACAACGCUCAGCUUCGUUGGGAUCCUCAGAUCAGUCAGGUUGCUGGUCGUAGGGACCCUUAUGACGAUCUCCUCAAGGACCACCCUUCUUCUUCAUCUUCAAACUGAUCGAACAGUGGUGAGUUCUCUUAUGGUCACUAUAUGCAGCUUUUGAAUAUAUAUGAUUUUCUCUAG